AUGUGCAAGAAGUGGGCGCAUGGCCGGCAGCGGCCGGCGGCCGUCAUGGUGGCUUGCCGCACGGUCCUCAAGCUCCUGGAUCUCCUAGAAGAGCGCCGCCCCCUCAUCUCCGCCAAAGCCCUUCCGCGCUCCCUGGUCAAGGCGCGCCUUGCACGCGCUCCUAAGGUCGUCACCGCCGACAGCUUCCGGCCAAUCAGCCUGCAGAAUUGCAUGCCGAAGCUCGCUGCCAAGAUCCUCACCAACCUCUUGCAAAGCGUCAUCCCCGCGCUCAUCUUCGACUACCAGACAGGCUUCGUCAAGGGGCGCUUCAUCACGGACAACUUCCUGCUCACCACGGAACUUGUCUAG